GAGAAGAAAGGCCGGGAGCCACAGAAGCAGAGAGGGAAUCUCCGCUCAGCAGCUUCGCUCAGCAGCUUCGCUCAUGUUAAUCCAGGUGUAAAAGAAGUCAUGCAUUCUGUGGGCAGGUCGUGGCUGCUGCUUACAGGCUUCAUACUCUUUUAUAUCAUCUACCUGAUGUUCGGAGCCCUGGUUUUCUCCAGCAUCGAGCGGCCGGUGGAGGACAAGCUGCGCCGUGACAUGGAAGCGCUGAAGCAGGAGUUUCUGAAUCAGAGCUGCGUCAACGCCGCGUCCCUCGAACACUUUCUGGUCAAAGUUUUAACGGCCAACAAGUACGGUGUCUCCGUCCUCAGGAACUCCUCCGUGUCCUCCAACUGGGACCUGGCGUCCUCCAUGUUCUUCGCCAAUACUCUGGUCACCACUGUCGGUUAUGGCCACACCACUCCUCUGUCUGACACUGGGAAGGCCUUCUCCAUCGUCUACGCCCUGAUAGGAGUCCCCUUCACCAUGCUGGUGCUCACCGCCUGCGUCCAGAGGCUCAUGUACCCUCUGGUCCUCGCUCCAGUCGGCCUCCUGCAGCGCUCAGGCAUGGAGCCUCGGCCGGCCAGCGCCGUCCACUUCCUGUUGCUGCUGGUUCUGGUGGUGCUGUGCUUCUUUAUGGCUCCGGCGGCAGUGUUCAGCGCAGUGGAGGUGUCCUGGUCGUUCUUGGAUGGCAUCUACUUCUGUUUCAUCUCACUGUGCACCAUCGGACUGGGGGAUUUCGUUCCAGGGACACAGCCUGGGCAGAAGUACAGGCAGCUGUAUCAGGUCUCUGUCAUGGCCUACCUGUUUGUGGGUCUGAUGAUGAUGUACCUCCUGCUGCGCACCUUCCACAAAAUGGCCGACCUGCACGGCCUGACCACCUUCCUGCAGCUGCCGCGCUGUGAGGAGUCUGAGCAGGAUGAGGACAGGGAGCCCAUCGUGGAGGACAAACACGAAGACCAGACGCCCCCUUACCUGACCGAAAAAGAUCCCAGUAAGCCCCUGGAGCCGGGGUCACAGCCCUCAUACAACACCAUCAACAAAGGCUGAGCUGUGGGGGGGAGGGAGGGGGGCAGAGGAAGGAAACAGGAGGUCUACCUCUGAUCCCUCGGUCCUGAACCAGUGAUAAAACACCCAGACUGGUGGGCUGAAUCUGAAUUCUUGUCUUAAUUUUGUCUUCUUUAGUCUCCUUUUAAAAAAAUCAUCCAGAGAAGAGAGACUAAUAAUAGUCAUGAGGAAUUGAGAUGAGAGUUUUGAGAUUCAGCCUUUGCGAGAGGACCGCCGUACAGUUUGUGAGUGGUCAUUACAUCACUCUCUGCACAUGUAAAAGGGCCAGCCUGACUUGACUAUGGCAACCUGCCUGGGCCAAAAGGCAGAUGUGCUCCUUUUCCUCCCAAACACUGGUGUGACUGUGGUGUGUUCAGCAUACAGGCUCAGCUGGUGUGUUUACAGCCUCAGGAUGGCACACGGAGGCUCGAACCAAAACCUCUGGUGCAUGGCUGCUUGUUUUCAGAUCACUUUUGUGUUGCAUGUGUUCUUGUCAUGUUGUUUUUUGGGUCAUAGGUUCAGGACUAACAGAUAUUGUCUUCAUAUAACUGUGCUGAAACUAAAACUUGGUGCUGAACACAGCCUGUGGGAUGCACUUGCCAUUUCAACUUCAUGAAACUCUUGCACACACACAUAUAACUGCACUUGUUUUUAUUUGGGUGCAUUGCUCAGCUCCUCCUCUUUAUAUUUCACGUAUUCACAUCACGUCCAGACUAUUUACCGUCCAGUCAAACUGCUGGUCCUCACCCGGGCUCGCUGGGUUGGAUUUACUUGCUUUUGCACCACUUUAAUGCAUCUUGCAGUGAAAUGUCAAGUGAACCUGUUAUAACUUUAGUUUACUUCCUUAAAUGAAGGUUUAACAUGGAACCUGCACUGAGCCUUUCAAACAGUGCGGAACAUUAACGUUUCUUAUUUAAUCAGAUUUCCUGUGUGAAAGGAGUCACUCUGCUGUGUUUGGGUCGUCCUUAAAGAGCUCACAAGCACUGUGUUUGCUGUCCUCCUUCAUGGUGCCGCCCCCUGGUGUCUGCAUGUAUGUAGUGCAACAUGUUACCACACCCCCAGAGCAGUAAUGAAUAGGGUUAAAGGGUUGGAACAGAGGGACUGAAGAAAAGAAGAAAUGGAAGGUAAAGAAGUGUUUCAUCGUGCUGAUUGAGGGUGUGAUUCAUUUCAGUGGAAAACCAAAUGUUGCGUAUUUACCACGACCUGUUGUGUGAUUUCUAAUGAACACUUCAAUGCACUUUAAUGUUCACACCAGUUAUUUUUCUUUUACCAUCAAAGUUGUUGUCAGAUGAACCGGCCGAUAUCCUGAUACUGUAACUUGAGUUGCUUCUGUCCAUGUUGGUGCGUAUGUUGUUGUAGUUUAGUAAAAUCAUGUAUUCAUAUCAGACAAUCGUAAAUUAAAGAAAAAAAACUUUGCCUU